AUGCAGUCUUUAAAAAAUAGAGAGGAAAUAGACGCGAGAUCAGUUAUUUUAUUAAUAAAAAAUUCGCUCUAUUACACCAAAGUUGACCAUCAUAAAUGGAUACUUAAACAUUUAUUUCAACCAAUCAGCCUUAAAGAAGACGAGCACCUUCAAGUAUUACACUGUUCAAAUACUCGUCUAGCUUCUUUGAUACAAGCUCAGACUCAAAGAAGAGCCCGUAAAUUAUACACAUUUGAGGAUUUGCCGCAUGAACACGAUAUUCGAGAAAAGCAUUACAGGCUUAUGCCUCAUACUCGAAUUAUUACUCUGAGCAAAAAAUAUAGGAUGGUUUUCCUUGUGGAUGUAACGUCAUCUCUAGCAACAAUUGAUUAUGCAACAGAAAAUAUAAUUAUGUCAGAAGUUUUUGAAACUUUACGAAAAUGCCUAGAAGGACUUGCCCAGCCAUUUGUUUUACAAGAUCUGGAAAAAGACCAGGCCCUUUUGGUCGAGCCCGAAAUAUCAAUAAUAGUGAUAGCUGAAUGCUCGCAAUUUGCCUCGAAUGCAAAUUUAAUACCAUUAUUAGCAGGAUUUCCUACAAUGCAAGUUCUACUUCAAGGAAUUGUGAUAACAGAGAAAUUAUUACCGCAAAUAAUUGCAAAGCUGCAAAUGGAACUUGCAAAAUUCCAAGACAGUUUGGCUUCAUUUCGUCAAAGCUUAAGACGAAAAGAUUUUGCUGUCGCAUAUGUCAUGGAUGUUGCAGGACCCAAAACUGAAGAAUUGGCUGACGUGACAGGGUCAGGAAAACCACUUUUCGAUAAAAAAGAUAAUAUUUGGAAGUUGGGGUCAAGCGGCGGCAAUCUUUCUUAUAGCUUAAACGCGGGAUUAUUUGCGAUGGAUUUACUUCCCAAUGAAGGACUACCAUCCUUGGUUAUCAUUACAGAUGGCGUGCUCAAAUCUAAUCUUGCAAAUAUGUCAAUUGAUGAUGAUGUUCUUCAACUCCUCUCCAACAAAGGCAUUAAUUGUAAUAUAAUUCAAGUUGGAUCCAGUCAAGGAUUCAAUCCUGGAUGCAAUUUUGGUCUAGUCCCUGAUAAUGAAAUUUUGCGAUUCGUCGCGGCUGCGACUUUCGGUCUUUUUCUUUACUCAUCAGAUUGCCCAAAGGUUGCUAUUAAUAGUGAGGGUUCAAAAAUGGAUUAUGGGUUUCCUCCUAAUUUUUAUCACAAAUGCCUUCUAAUGAAAGAGUUCAGUUUUAACAAGAAAAAAGGUGAAUCGAGAUAUUUGAGUAUUCCGGGUGUAGAAGAUCGUGCUAUUGAUGUUCCCCGUGAAAGAUAUGUUAACGGGGAGGAUCAUAUGCUUGAAUUUAAUUCCUACAAAUUUUUCCCUUGGGAUCCUAAAAGUGAACCUCCGGCAGUUGAAGCGAUACUAACAAGAUUUCAAGAAUACUCUUUGCUUAUUGAUGUUCAACUACUAGUAGCAGCUCGCAUACGACAAGGAUUUACCAUUGAUCAUGUAGUACUCGUUGAGAACCGCAAUAAUAGUAAAACUGAAAAGAUUUGCAUUACCAUGUCACGUCUUUGGCUUCCAAAUGUUACAAUCCAAUACAAAAUUAAGGCACUAUGGGCAGGCGAAGUAAAAGGAAUGACUCGAUUAAAAUCACCAAGAAUUGAGAUUAAUGUUUUAGCCUACACAGUAUUUGCUUUAUAUUUUGUGAAUUUUCAGACAGCACAGCAAAAUAAUGAUCCAAGUCAUCCUUUAUUCUCUAAAAUUAUUAGGAUGGUAAAGUUUUUGACCACAAUUCAUGAAACAGAUGAAUCAUUCAAAAAAUACCUAUAUUUCAAAAGUUCAAAGGACAAUAGUAAGAGUUAUAUUCGCGCUACUGAGAAUAUUAGUUCACAAUCUUCGUCUAGCCGUCUUGAGAAUUUUAUACAGUUUCGAGAUUCUCUCGAGAAUCGUUUGGCCACAAGAUCAUGGUGUGAUGAAAUUAAAUUCGAUUAUCUUUUUGCACCGACAGUAUCUUAUCCCAUGCCACAAUCUCUUGCAACAGAACGUCUAUGGAGAAAAGCGUUAUCGAAGAUCCGGGAAAAUUUAAAAAAUUCAUGGGCAAGUUUUUCCCCUUCAAGCAAUGUAUACGUGAAAGUCAUUGAUAGAGGUGAAAAAAACAUAACAACAAGUUUUUGUGAACUUCGUCUUGAUCAACAAAUCGGCUGUUUAUGGAAUGUGAAACUAGCAUUUUUCAAUAUUGAUGUAUCCCAUCGUCGACAUUCGCUCCAAGAGAUUAUCAACAUUUUGUCCGACGAACAAUCAUACGAAGACAAAAACUAUAUGAUACAUAUAUGUAAACGGCCUUUAUCAAGAUUAUUAUUGAAAGCUCUGAAUAUUUCCUCAGAGGGAGAAUUUCCUGUGGAUACCAGACUAGAAACUGGUUAUCAUUCUAUUGCGCAAUCAUAUUUAAGACAUUAUAGAAGGGCUUGGCUAACGGACCUUGAUGAUGAGGUGUUCUUUAAAGAUUUACGGAUAACGCCUAUUCAAGAUUUAGCCUUUCAAUAUCUGUGCCGAACGAGAAUAGACGAAGGUUAUAUUUUAGUGUAUGAAAAAACUGACAAGCAAAUAUUUUAUCGUGAAUUACAAUAUAAUGAGAAUAACCCGAAUUUAAAAUUUGGAGAUAAUGGUCAAAUCAGCAAAGUUUGUGGGAUUCAAUAUCAAGUUUUCAAAGACUCUUCCACCGGCGAAAUAACUACAGAAUUAUGGAUGGAGCCAACUCAAGAUAUAGAUUUGAAAGAUAUUUAUAAUUCUAUAUCAAGGCAAAUCCAAGAAACUGAUCGGCUAAAACUUUCUCAUUUAGUGACUUUUGAUCAAAUUUGUUAUAUAGCAAUCGCUAAUUCAAAACAACAACAAAAUCUACAUCUUCAUUCAGGAAAUACCCACGAGAAAAAUUCACAAUUAGAUAAACCCCAGUUUCCUGAACUAUUUGAUCUAGCAGCUCUACUUCACACUAGCAAGUUCCUGGUUGCAAAUUAUAUUAUUCCCCUGUUUAAAGCGUCACCAAUUACUGGUAGUGUGAAUUCUGGAAAGGUUUCACCUGCUAAUAGCGAUACCACCAUCAGAUCGAGUUUUUUCGAUCCAAGAUCCCCAAAAAUUCUUCAAAAUCCUAUGUCAACAAGUAAUCAUGGUUCACCCUUAGAUUCAAAUAAAAAUCAAUCCUCUCAAAUAGAACAACAAUUGAAUCUUGACGUGUAUAAUUCUUAUCGCAAUUCGAUAGCAAAGCUUAAUGGGGGUGCUGAUCGAGAUUUCGCAUUAUUUCAUCUAUUUCUUGAAAAGGCAUUCUCCAAAUACGCCAGUGGUGAAAUAAAUACAGAACAUGAAAGUUGCAAAAAGGAUCAAUUGUUAAAUCGAAUCUACUUAGCAUUAUCAGAAUUUAUCGACACCAACAAGAUAACAUUGCAGUGGACUCGAGAUCUCCAAGAGACUAAAUGCUUUGUCAAAAUGAUCGAUUCUAGCUCGUUUAUCCUUAUCAUUAUUCCUUCUUUAAAAGUUAUCUUAGAUAGAUUGCAUGGAUUUUUCGAAAAUAACCAGGAUCCAUUUUAUUUAAACAUUCUUUUGUUUUUGUGUAAAAGACCUCGUCCUUUACAUGGAGAUGAUAAUCCUGUUAAUUAUCUUCACUACACUUUUGAAAAUAUGAAGAUGAUCAAACCAAUAUCGAUGGGAACUUCAUUCAGAAAUUCUACUUCCAAUAUUGCAAAUUAUUCCUUAGAUCCACAUCUUUUUGCUGGAGGCCAUAAAAAUCCACUUUCAUCUGAUGAAGCGGCUAAAAUUACUCGUGGGAUAACAAAGUUAUUUGCUUAUAGUUUCACUCAAUCCAUAUAUUCUAGCAUUAUUCAAAAGCGAUGCGUUGACCCUAACGAUCUAAGAAAAGCAAUCAACACUUGCAUAGAAGUGGAUACUGUUGACAUAGAUAUAACUGGAUAUGUAAAUGUUCACGUUCAAGCUGCUCGCAAAAGUCCUGAUGGAGAUGAGGAAAUAGAAGUUUAUCAAAAAUUCAUUUCCGUACUCGGUCAAUAUUUCGAACCUGCCACAUUCAUUGAUCCAGAAUUACAAAACAUAUACUUCUAUCGAGCAUCGAUCAAAAAAGCGAAUGCACAGAGUUUAGAAAAGGACAUGGCUCCAGAUCUCUUGGGAAAUUUUGCAGAAAUUUUUACCUGCGCAGAAAAUCCGCUCUUUAUCAGAUUAGAAUGUACAUUCAAGAAAGCGGCAGUACCCGCUCUUGAUACUGAAUUUCAGUUACAUAAAGACUUUCAAUCGGAAGAGGCAUCCGUUCUUGGAGAUGCAAAUUUCGUAAAAUUUACAGUAUCGACCCUACCUACCAGUUAUUCAUGCAUAGUAGAUGGGAAAUUUCAUGACUUCACACCUAGAAGUGUUGGUACUGAAGAAUCUCCUGUUGCUUCUACUGAUGGAACUACUGCAACUUUACACAUUAUUUGUUUGACUUUACCUACUUUCAAAGAGGAAGCUGUCAAGUUGUCGUCAGGGUUUAAAGAUCUUCAAAUAGACAGUCACGCGAGUCGAUUUGAACAUGAUAAAUCAAGAUCAACUUUUAAAUCUGUAUUCAGCCAAGAUAAAAUAGAAGCUUUAGAGGAAACCCAAUCGCGUAUCGAAUGGUUAUUAAAAGAAGAGAUAUUACACGGACUCUUGAAAUCUCAUCCAUUCGACAGCAUUUUACUGAAAUAUGUACAAAUGCAGUUAGAAAGUAAUAAACAAUUUCUAGAUUAUCCAACUGCUAUCAAUAUGCCUUUAUCUUUUGUCCGUCGAAUGAAAGGACAGGAGAAAUUCUUACAAGAAUUCCAAAAAGCAGAUAUGUCACCAUAUUCACUUAAUCAAGUUGAAGAUUGUUUCUAUCUAAGCGAGAAUGCUGAAGUUGACGAAUUAUCUUCAGAACACAUCACAAAAGAACCCAGUAAUAUACUUGACAUCUCGAUGGAUAACAAUCCAAAAAGUGAAGAUGUACUUGAACAAUCUGUUUCAAAAGGAAGCGAUCUAAAUAUAUCUUAUAAUGAUUCUGGAGGUGAAUACACUUACAAUGGAGGUGACGAUUUGUGCGGAGGUCUUGGAAUCAGUUUCGAUUCUCCUGAAACAAUCAAUUCAAAUGCUGGUCAAAAAACUUUUGAUUCGCUUGAUAAAAGAAAUUCUUUAGUAAAUCAAAAAUUCUGGCUCUUACUUGUGCCACGAGAGUUCAACAUAGUGAUUUUUUAUUAUUCAAAAAUUGUCACAGCUGCUAAACGUAAUGAGAUUAUAAAAUACGUACAAAAUUGCAUUGAAAAAGUUCUUAAACGAGUAAAUCAAUUGGUUUUAUUAGAUGAACUCAAUGAAACACACCGUUGCAGCAAAUAUUUAGUGGCACCACCUGAGAGUACACCCGAAUCCAAAUCAUCAUCGGCAUCAUCGGCAUCGGAAGAAGAAAGUGAUGCUCAAAGGACAGAAAUGGAAGCCAGUAGUGGCUCGCUCGCGAAUCUUUCAACUUUAGAUCAUUUUAAGCCCGGACAAUUUGAAUGUCCCUUAGUAUUCAAAGAAACUUUUUUACUUCAUCGUAGAUUAAAACCUAAUUACGCUCUCAAUACUAUCACAUCAUUAGUGCUUGAUUCAUUUGCUAUCAUCAAUAGAAAGCAUAUGUUUGUAAUUCCCAAGGGAGAUUACAUAGUUUAUCUUAGACUAUCAGAAAUAGGGGUGCCGACUGUCUCGGAAUUUGAGAACACGAUCGAGGAAUCAAACAUUAGAUAUGGAUAUUCACCAUAUAUUCACUCCUCGUUUAUUGGCGGUAAUAAUAAUUCGCAGGAAAUUCAUUCAACCACUCCAAUUAUUGGUUCGGAUGACAAUAGAAGGUCACCAUCGAAUAAAAGUGCUAGUCCUCGGACAUCUAAUACAGUUUCCCCUAGUUCAAGGAAAGUGGGAUCUGCAGCACAAUCUCGCAUCUUUGGUGAAACACGUGAAUUGGUAAUGGAAGUUUAUGGAGUAGAUAUGCCAGGACGUGAAAUCACGGAAGAAUUAGUAUCUUUAUUGGAUAAUAAAUUAACCACAAAUAUCACUCUCGGUGUAAUCUCCAGUUUUCUCGCUAGAACUCUUAAUGCAAAACCAACCUCUGCAGAUGUGGAUUUCAUUUUACCGAUUCUCAAGACUCCCACGUGUAAAAAAAUGUUAAACAUACCGGGUUCAGUGAAAAAUCUUUAUGCUUUUUUAUUUUUUUUCAAACAAAAUUUGUCGAACUACUUGACUGUUUUGAGCGGCCCUGAUGUGAUCAACACUUUAAAUCGUCAUUAUAUUGCAAGAUAUGGUAUAAAUUGGAACACAGAAAGUGGAAGGAAAACUAUGUCAUCAGUUCACCUGGGUGAAUUUGCAUUUUAUUAUAAUUGCGUUCAAGCAAGAGCUUCUUCUUUCGAAACCAAAGGAAUUUCCGGUAUUUGUUUGACUUUAAUGAACCAAAAUGGCAGACCUAUCUUUGAAAUUCCUCCAUCAGAUUCUAUUAUUAAUGAUGACGAAAGUAAUAAAAAUGAUGAUAAUACAGCAAUGGUUAAGUUUGUCAAAGUUUUACUUGAUGAUCUAGAUCACAUAUUUCCAGAUCCUUUCAAACAAACACUCUGCGACUAUUUCGUCGAACUAUAUAUAAUAAAAGGUUUAUCGCAAGCUUCUGAUGAUUCAUCUCUAGAACAACAAUCAUUAAAUUUGGAUUCCAAUCAAUCUGCAUCUACUAAUCGAGAUAAUUCAGCAACACAUCUUGAACGUCACAUCCAAAAAAUCUUUAUUGAGCCAUCUUUGAUGAUACUCGAACAAUCCGCAGAUUUAGGAAAUCCUGCAGUAAAAUCUUUGGAAAUGGCUGCAGAUAUGCCUUUCUGGAUCAUGGAUGAUUUUUUAAGAGAAAUCCAUGAACUUUUAUCCGAAGUACAUUGCAACUUUUUUCCUAUUAUUUUAAGGAGAACAUCAUUAUCGGAUUCAUUUGCAACUGACGUUCAGAAUCUCUAUGAAAUAUAUCACCCAUCAAAGACCUCCGAAAAAAGAGACGUUACUUCUGGUUCUUAUUCUAAUCAAUACUUUUUGAUUAGUGGUCUUAAGGAACUUUGCAUACGAUAUGGACCUUCAGUUAAAUUAUCUGAAAAUCGUCGAGGUAGUUUAGGCAGUGAUCUCUCAAUUUCGCGCAAAAGUUCUAUCGAGGAUUUUUCACAAAACACUGAUACAAAUGAAAAGAUUGGAUCAACUCAUCAUCGAAAAAGUUCUCUAUUUACUUCAGUCGGACAACAGAAAAGUUUUUCUGAAGAAUCCAUUAUGUCUUAUACGAGUGGAACUCAUUCUAUAGCAUCAUCAUCUGAAUAUAAUAAUGCACAAGUUCCGUCAAAUAUAAGUCGCUCUUGUUUUUUGAUUAUGUCGAUCGAUGGUUUUACCAUGUCUGUCUAUACUUAUAAUUUACAAAAAAAUUAUAGCGAGCAAAUAUUCACUUCAUUGAAAAAGAUUUCAAAUUGGCACAAUGAUCGCAUGCAGCUAUUGAAUAAUAUACUUCAUCAAAAAAUGGGUUUAUUUUAUCAUAUUGAUAGUAUAUCAAAUAAUAAGAUUCCUUCAACUUUUAUGCAAUUCCCGAGUGCUCCACACACUCCUCGCGUGGUUCCUUCACCUAUGCCAGGAUCUUCUGCGUUAUUCAAUAAUACUACUCAGAAACCUCCGCAUGUUGAAAAUCUUUUGAAGAUGCAACAGCAACAGCAACAGCAACAACCACCUUCUUUAUCAAUCCCGUCACAGAUGGCAGCACAGACACCACCUAGAACAGGAGUAAUAGCUCAAGAUAUUGCAGAUUUAGGUUAUGUUAAGUCACUAAUUCGUGAAAGAUUUCCACAACGGCCUGCUAAUGAUAAUCGACCAUCAUCAGAAGAAGAGACAAAGAAAACAACAUCAAAUCAAAUAGAUAUUCGACAUGAUUCACCAUCAACAGCGGCUAAUAAUUCAGAAUUAGAGAAGAUAACAAAUAAUACUCCUUCGGUAUCUACACUAGAAUUAAAUGAAGUACUUAAAGAUGCCUUUGUUGAAACAGCAGUCGAAUAUGGUAUUGACGGUAAUGAACGAGAUGCUCUUUUACGUCAUGGGCCUCCAUUUAUGGCGACUUGCAUUCGUCAAGCUAAAAUUUCACAGGCACAUGAAAAUGCACUCAAAGUUUAUGAAAAAUGGGUAAAAAGAUAUCAAGGAGGGGAAGAUAUCAUUGGAAUUCAUACAAUCGCACGUUCUGAUUUAGCGAUUAUAUUUAGAACUUCGCGUAUUUUACAUUUCUGCAGAACUCCUCUUCUUUUCGGUGGAACUCCUUCUAAUCGUAUCCAAAUAGAAUCGAUGAUAUCGCAACAAGAACAACAAAGAUCAAAAAAUGAGACAAUACUAAAUUGGUAUCAAACCAUGAUUGUAACCUUUCUACAAAAUUACGCUUCAUAUCUUGAAACAAUUGGCAUGCAAAUUGUAAUCUUUGGCAAAUCAGAUUCAAAUUUAGUUGAUGAUGGGAAUAAAGGAUUCCCAUCGUUUACGUCGAAAUUUUCAAUCUCUGAAAAUGUUGCGAUCGAUUGUCCAGCUGUUUUUUUACUGAAGGCACUUCAAGGAGGUUCAAUUAUGUGUGAAGUUCGAAUCCAAGGAGUAUUCGUAUGCGUGACACUUUAUACGCUCAAUCGGAGAUACGGACGCUUACGAGUUGCCGCGCCUGGAUUCGACGUUAUAGAAGGUGAUCGAAAUAGUUUGAAAAUAUUCACGGAAGAAUGUGGUCGAUUUAAGAAAUUAAUACAUGUCAAUUCCUUUGUUUAUGAUUUUCAUUUGAAUUACAUAAAGUACAUCCUGGAAAACCAAAAAAAUAUUCCAGCGCCAUUCAGUAUCUUGGAAUUUAUCAAAGCGUUUAUUAAUGUAUAUUCUCGAUCUGCAAGUUACGCAGAAAAUCGAAUUUACUAUGAUAAAUUUGAAAAAGUGUCUUCAUCAAUUCAAAAAGACCUUUAUUCUUAUAUUGCAAAAAAUCCACAGAGAUACGGGUUUUUUGGGAUUCCUUUUGAAAAUGAGCCUAUAGCUUGCUAUACAAACGACUUUGAUCAAGCCCACGAACAUAUAGAGCAACGAGAAGGAAUUACAUCUUAUGGAAAACAACGUAUAUUUAUCUUUACUCAUGCAGACCAACUUUCAUUAUCGGGAAAAUUAGUAUUGGACUAUUUUAUUAUUGUAUUAAAUCAAAAUAAUGAUUCAUCGAAAGUUACUUCUACACAAGAUCUCUCUCAAUGUAUCGAUCACGAUGAAGAGCGAUUUAACCACAUUAAAUAUGCAAGAGAAAUUCUGGAUUCAAUUGUUACCAAGGCUAUUGAAUUUAGUGGACGUGAUACGUUAUGGAACCAAUUACGGCCUAUAAAGUCUGUAUCUAUGACAGGACAAAUGAACCAUGAAGAUUUUUUGGAACUUACACAACGAUGGCGUGCAAGAGAGUUGAUUACAAUCAAUCCGGAUUUUAAGCAAAUCCUUGAGCUUUCACUCAAUUGGUUUGAUGUUCUUAAUUUUCUUUGUAAUUAUUAUGGAGAUGAUGCCCGGGAGUUGCACGAACAUUCCCGUCGUCACUUGCUUAUUUUCAAUCCGCAUAACCACGAUCAUUUAAUUCAAUUUGUUUUCAAUGAAGAAAAUAGAGAAUUGAUUGUCGUCAAUACAGUAUGUCGAGAGGCACUUCCCAAUUCUGAAGGACUUGAACUUGAAUUCGCUGGAGAUAUUUCAAGGACUAUAUGUUAUAUGAAAUUUUGCAGUUCAAUGUCAUUCUAUAAACCCAAAAACUGUGUUCAAGCUUUGUUAGAAAGAGAAAUACAUUCUUUUAAACCUAAUACCAAUCUUGCAAAUAAUAGACAAUUUUACACAACUUUGUUUCCUAAUGAAACAAUAUUUGUUGUUAAAGUUCCAAAUUUUAUUAAUCUUCGAAGAUUUACGCCCGAUGGAAAGAUGAUUCUAGCCUCGUCCAUUCAUUCACUUUGCUCUCCAGAAGAAGCUCGCAAAUACCCGUGUUCUUUGGAUUCUCUUUCAAAAUUUGAAGAUGUUACCUUUUAUCUUAUUGAAAUCGAGACAGGACAGAUAUGUGAUAAAAUAACCUUUGAAAACGAAUGCAUUUAUUUGUCUCAUCAUUAUGGAGUUGCCCUCAUUGGAAAUCUCUUUUCUGUACUUUCUGUUCAGAACCAAACAAUUCAUAUACUUCAUAUAAGGGAAGAUGGACACUUUGUUGAUGAACGAAGUAUUGGAUGGUUUAACCACGAAGAUGAUGAACUUGUUAUGGCAAGAUAUAGAGAAUUUAAUGACCAUUUUGAAGCUCGAAAACAAAAAGAGGGAAAUUCUUACAAAAAAAGAAAACUUUCGCAUGAAAGUUCUAUUUAUGAAGAAAUAAUGCAUCCUCCUUCGACUUCAUCCUCAUACGAGAGUAUAAGUUUAAUUGACAGAAUGGAUUUUGAAGUGCCCUCUACAAGAUUAAUGUCGCCCACAUUACACAUUCCAACUCAGACCGAUCCUGAAAUAAUGCAGAAAUUUACGAUCAUAGAAGACGGCUCACCUCCAUACAGUGGUAUCAAGCAAAAACUUCUGGCCUAUUUAUUCAAACAAGCACACAAUACAAAUGAUGGGGGUUCAGCGUUGCGUCAUUUCUAUCAGAUCUUUGAACAGCUAUCAUCGCUCGUCAUGUGGAGGUUACAAUUUAUCGAUGAGUCUCGUCUACUGAUAAAAUUUACAAAUUUAGAUUGUAUCAUCAGCUAUCAUGCUGAAAAUGCAAUCAAUCCAGCCUUCUUUGUAAUAUAUAAUUAUCAGGAAUCUGAGAUUGAGUCCGUUUAUGAUAAUGCUUCCGAAGAAUUUUUAGAUGCUUUUGAAAAGUCAAGCGAAACAUUUCAGCAAAUAGCAUUCAAUGAACCAUUUUUAUUCAAUUCAACUUAUUCGAAUAAUUUAUAUGCACGAGAAAAUCUAAGAAAACAUCAAUAUGCUGUACGAUAUGCUCGAAAUGGAGGGCCAACACAAGCAAUCAAACGUGUAUUAGCAUGUUUACCCUUUAGCCCACAAUCUCGCAGUGAAAGUCCUUAUUUUGACCAAUCACUUUUUAUCUAUGAUGAAAAAAUAAUUUCAGCGUGUGAUCGUCCCAAACCUUGUCAAGAUGGUCCAAUUAAGUUUCAUUCUCGAGUUACUGGUGAACUCAAGUUUCAGAUACAUCUGACACAGUCAAACCGAUCUGGCAAUCGGUCAAAGUAG